AUGGAAGCGUAUCGUAGCUUCAGCGACCCCGGCCCUCCUGAUGUAACCAAGGUGGACAUCACAACACCUAGCAUGAUGUCAGCGUUCUCUGCGCUAAACUUAUUACGUUACAAUCACCUACUUGCACAAUCAGAGGUACCAGGUGUGAGAUACCCAGUCACUGUGGGACCUGAGUGUUUGUUGCCACCCAGGAACCUCAAUCUGUGUGUACCUACAGUGCAACAUUACUCUCCCCCACCCUUCCUGCACCUAGACUCCUCUUCUGGUGUCAUAUCAGUUUGUUCUCAAAAGAAAAGAGGUGAAAAAAGAGCAAUCCCAGACGAACAAAAAGAUGAAAGGUAUUAUGAAAGGCGAAAGAGAAAUAAUCAAGCAGCAAAGAAGUCCAGAGAUGCCAGACGCUUACGAGAAGACCAGAUUGCCAUGAGAGCACUGCACUUAGAACAUGAGAAUGCCAUGUUGACAGCUCAGAACCUCACGUUGCGCGAUGAGAUCUCCACUCUCAGGCAACUAAUCCUCAAGUGCAACAAAGCCUCCAGCGCCAACUGA